UGUAAUAUCCCUAUGUGCGGAUAUAACGUAAAACGUGAAAGCAUGAUAGACAUACUCCAAAAAAUAACAUUUGCCAGGCUUAUAUAAAUACAAAACAUGACGUAUAAUUCCUACUUAAAAAAACAUAUCAUUCCUAAGUCCACAAAUUCGUUACCAUUUUUCUCUUUCAAAAAGAUUAACCUCAUUCGUAUCCGUCAAUGUCUCAUCAUACGAUAGAUCGGAAGCCAUCAGGUGACGAGGAGGGGGCGUACGCGGUGUGGGCGACUCCAUCAAAGGAUGCAAAGAUCAGGCUGAAGAAGUUGAUGAGCGGCUUACGAUCGAAGUUCGGUGGGCCCAAGUUUGAUCCUCAUCUUACUGUUGUAGGGCCAAUCAGUUUAACGGGGAAAGAUGCAACAGAGAAAUUUCGGGCAGCUUGCCGGGGGUUGAAAGUUUAUCCUGCUCAAGCUCAGGAAAUUUCUACCGGUAAUUCUUUCUGGCAGUCUGUUUACCUCCGCCUUGACGCCACCCCCGAGGUGCUUGGAAUUAGUAGUCAUUUCGAUGAACACUUUGGCAACACCCGUACAACACCUUACUUACCACACAUGAGCCUUCUAUAUGGAGACUUGACGGAUGAAGAGAAGAAUGAAGCCAUAGACGAAGCUAAAACCCUAGAUGACACCAUUGAUAGCAUGAGCUUCGCGAUAGAUCGCCUAGAACUGUACAUUACUCCUGAUGAUAAGACUCUCAAGUCCUGGAUUAAGGUGGAAGAAUAUGUGCUUUGUGCACAUUAAUCUACAUUUUUUCCAAUCUUAUUUGCACUAAAUUUGUGGCAUACAUUAUACUUAAGUGUCCAUGUAUUGUUAAAGUUCAUGUUGAUGUUUCUGGAAGGAGGACUACUGAUGUAUGUUGUUAAGCGUACCUUAUGCUGUUAGAUUGAAGUUUUUCAUGUUGCUUUUAUUUGGUACUCUUGGUCAGAUUUUAGGGAAAAUAUACUUUAAUAAUCCCAACUUUGCUCAA